AUGCAUCUAACAAGGCCAAAAUCCUCUAAGGGGCGAAGCAGACCUGCUGUAGACAGCUCACUGUAUCCAGGGGAGGCGAACAGCAUCCACAGGGAGCCGGGGUCUCCUGAGUUCCGCAGGCCGGACAGAAACCUCCGCUCCCGGUCUCAGCCCGUCAUGUUGCAAGCUAACCACCUGAGCCAAGAGGAAGUUUUGCACAUGCUGCAGCGUACUCCUGCUGCUCCGCCACAGUCCUUAAACAAGUACAAAGUCCUUCCGUCAAUAGAGAAGAGAAGGCAGUCAGAGGUGAGCCUGCACAAAGACGUGUCCAAACUUAACCUAGCAAAUGAUGGUGACGGUGUGACCAAGAUCUGCAGCCCCAGUGAUUCAACGGCAGAAGCUGGCAGUGGCAGUUUGCUUCUUGCUGUAAGAGCUCCAUGCGGAAGGAGGUUUCAGCAGCCCUUUGACCCCACACACACUCUGCUAACAGUGAAAGCCAGUGCAGAGGCCAGGUUUGGAACCAGGUAUGAAGAUGCUUGCGUUGAGACCAUGGAGGUGCCACGCAGGACCUUUACAGACCUGCGUAUGACUCUGGCACAGUGUGCCAUUCCUAACAGAUCCGUGCUUUGCAUCUCUCAGAAAACUGACAGUAUGGGGGGACAGGAGUAAUAUGUGUUUUUUGGGGUCUGUAAUUGUGCAUUUUGUAGCUUCACUUGGAUAUCUGAACUUCACUGUGCAAAGUUUAAAAGGCUUCUUUCACACCAAUCUGUAGCCUCUAUGAUUUUUAAUGCCAAACUUCGUCCAAUAUGCACCUUA